CAGUCACCAAAACCACAACGGCAGAACUCUACUACUUUACUGUAGAAGAGCAUAAACCCUUGGCUUGCAAAACCCUCUCUCACACAACCCGACCCGGCCAUGGCUGCUUCCGAUCCGUCCACCACCGAACCUCAAUCGUCGCCGCCACACCCUCCAUCUCUCUCCGCCGUCCUCAGCGAGUCUCUCCGCAUCAUCAAAUCCCACUUCCCACAACUACUCUUCCUCUCCUCCCUCUACCUCUUCCCCAAAGCCUUCGCCUCCAUCGCCCACCCGACCCGCCAGAGCCUCAUCAAGGCCCACCGCCCGUUUCCCCCCACCUACCAGCCCGAGACCCUCCUCGCCCUCGUCUUCUCCGUCUACAGCUCCGUCGUCUCCGUCUCGGGAUACGUGUUCUACUCUCUCGGCCUCUGGUACGUCACCCACACCGUCGGCAAGCCCACCACCUGUAACUCCGUCUCGGUUUCCGUUCUGCCUCUGCUGGCUUCAACUAUGGGCUAUUUGCACUUGAUAGAUGUACAGGGCUUACGGAGAAUCAGCUUAUUGUCAUGUAGUUUCUGAGCUAUUAGCUCGGCUGUAAUUUGUACGUCAGUUAAACAACUUAAGUGAUGUAACUUGUUAAGACUGAUUCUCAUAAAGAUUGACUGGGAAAAUUUUCUGAUGCUUAUGGAUUGCU